AUUGUGCAACUUUUUUUCUCCCCCUUUCUCCCUUUCAUUUAUACACCUGUACACAUACAGUAUCAAAACAUCACUCACACAUCAUGACACAUCAUGUUUUUAUAACUUAUUGAUUUUUCAUGUGUUAUUUUUUUUUGUAAAUAAUAAAAUGUAAAUAAUAUUGUAAAACAAUGCAAUAUCUCAUGGGAAAUCAUAAGACCACCAAAUACUUUUAGCAACAAAUUUUGAUGCAUGUUUUUCAUAUUUAAGCUCAUGUUGAAGUGAUUUAAAAGGACAAGGAGAAUAUGUGAUUCUCAGUAGUACAGAGUGACUACUUUUCACAGGAGGGGUGAGUAAUGUCCCAGGACAGAACAGGUCACAUGUAAGGGGGGGUGGAGACGUACAGGGGUGUGAAGAAUAGGUGGGACAGAGGGAUGUUUAAAAAGGCACGGUGGAGCAAUGUAUAAGAAGACAGGAUAGAAAGAUGGAGACGGUGCUAACAGAUGGACUGAAGAGGGAUUAUGGAUGCUCUUGGUAGAGUGUGACACCAAUUUCCAAGGAAAGGCAGGAAAAGGAGGAGAUUUGGGCAGGAUUGUACCAAAAAAGGGGAAAAGCAGAAAUAAUCGCAAAAGGAUAAGGAAGGAAACUGCAUGCUGAACCAAAGAGACGAGGACCUUCUGUGUUUAACAGCUGCACAGAAGGUGGAAAAAGAUACAUAUUAAUGGAUCGAAAUAGGGAGUUAUUAUUACGAUGGACAUGAUGUAAGAAGAUUAAUGUGCACAGAAAGCCCCACCCCAGAUCCACAGAACCCGCUACCAACAUUAUCACCAAAGCGAAGGGAGGAACUAGCCAAGAUUCGACAAAGACAAUUGGCCAAUGCAGUGCACUACAUUUGGGAGACGGGAGAAGACAAGUAUACCUUCAGAUAUUUCCACACAGGGUUUUGGGAGUCCUGUGAAAAACAUGCGGAUGGAGAACGAUGUCGCCGGUUCUUGUAUCUUACUCCUGGAGAGACUCAUGGUGUUCUGUGGUUGUCAAUGAUUGCGGAGUUAAUGUACAUCAGUUUGUUGGGCAUGGGCUUUCUACUAAUGUGGGUGGAAGUGCUGUGUGCUCAUAAAGAAAUGCAUGCACUCAAAAUCAACGCUUUCGCAUUCAUGUGUACAGUGCUCUCAGGACUGUUAGGGAUGGUGGCUCAUAUGAUGUACACCACCGUAUUUCAGCUAACUGUGAUUGUGGGGCCCAAAGACUGGAGACCUCAGACAUGGGACUAUGGCUGGUCAUUUGCGCUUGCAUGGGUGUCUUUCAGCUGCUGCAUGGGUGCUGCAGUUAUGACCCUUAAUUCUUACACAAAAACAGUCAUUGAGCUACGUCACCGCCAGAGGCUUCGAUUAGAAGAGGCCUGUGCUACAAGCCACGCUCCGUCCUACAAUGAGGUGGUCCCAGGUGGAGGGUUGUACUCUGUCAGCGGCCUAUUACAGUGCCCAAAUGGGAUGAUAGACUCUAUGUGGGCAUCCAAUGGGAGCAUGGGACUGGUGCAAGAGAGGGAUGUGCCCACCCUGGUACUUGUUGGAGGAUGCGGACAAGAUUCGUGUGAAGACUGUGAGAGAGAGAUGGAUGAGAUGAAGGAGGCCAUGAAUGGAAUAGAUUCUCCUUGUUAAUCGUGGAUGAUGUGAG